AUGCUGUCAGAAAAGAAGGCUGGCCAAUUCAAAAUCAGUUUAGGUGUAUCAGAUCCAAAGAUUGGUUGUCAGAUAUCUGAACUCCCUAAAAUUCCUUGCCAAAGUAACGAGUUUGACAGUGAGCUUCUUCGUGGUGUGCGCCUCCAUUUUGAUAGGUUUGUUAGUGACCUCAAGUCCAGGGAUUUGGAAAAGGCACAACUUGGUCUGGGGCAUAGUUACAGCAGAGCAAAGGUGAAAUUCAAUGUUAACCGUGCCGAUAAUAUCGUCAUUCAAGCAAUUUUCCUUCUUGAUACACUUGAUAAGGAUAUUAAUUCAUUCUCCAUGAGAGUCAGAAUUCUCUGCUGUUCAUCAAUUGUGUGCCGAGAAUGGUAUUCUUGGCAUUUUCCAGAACUGCUGAAGAUUAUAAAUGAUAAUUAUCUGUAUGCCAAAGUUGCAAAAUUUAUUGAGGAUAAAUCAAAGCUGUCUGAAGACAAGAUUGCAGCCGUAACUGACAUAGUUCGUGAUGAAGAUAAAGCGAAGGAGAUUGUGGAAGCUGCCAAGGCCUCCAUGGGACAAUAUUUGUCCCCAGUGGACUUGAUUAAUGUCCAACAAUUUGCACAGAGAGUAAUGGACCUAUCCAAGUACAGGCGGAAGUUGUAUGAUUACCUGGUUGCUAAAAUGAAUGACAUCGCACUAAAUUUGGCCUCUUUAAUUGGUGAAGUUGUUGGUGCACGAUUAAUUUCCCAUGCAGGUAGCCUCACAAAUUUAGCUAAAUGCCCUUCUUCAACUCUUCAAAUUCUUGGUACAGAGAAAGCUCUGUUCAGGGCAUUAAAAACAAGAGGACACACUCCUAAAUAUGGUUUGAUAUUCCACUCUUCUUUUAUUGGUCGAGCAUCUGCCAAAAAUAAGGGCCCAAUAGCUCGCUAUCUUGCCAACAAAUGUUCAAUUGCAUCACUGAUUGACUGCUUUUCUGAAAGGGGUACUACUACGUUUGGGGAGAAACUCCGUGAGCAAGUUGAGGAGCGACUUGAUUUUUAUGACAAGGGAGUUGCCCCUCGUAAGAACAUAGAUGUCAUGAAGUUGGCUAUUGAAAGUGUUGAAAACAAAGAUACAGCGAUGGAAAUAGAAGCACCAGUUGAAGUUUCAGGCAAGAAAGCCAAGAAGAAGCAUACAGCUGUCGUUACAGAUGACAUGGCUGUAGAUAAGCCCACAGAGACUACAAAUGGUGAUGCAUUGGAGGAUCAUAAGUCAGAAAAGAAGAAGAGAAAGAAAGAAAAGAGGAAAUUGGACACGGAGAACGAUCAAGCCAUGGAUGAUGGUGCUAAUGGGGUUGAAAGCGAACAAGAUGGAGCAGUUAAAAAGAAGAAAAAAAAGGAUAAAAAGGGUGAUAAUGGAGAAGUACUAGUGGCUGCUAUUGAGACUAAGAAGAAGAAGAAUAAAUCAAAAAAUAGAGAUACUUAAUAAAACUAUGGAGUGCAAUUUUAAUUGGUAAAAACGGAUUUGUCAUGUAACUAUUUUUGGAUAAUGUCAUGUUUAUUUUUUCUGCUAUGUACUUCUGUCAAUUGCU